UCGAUGAUCACUAAUGCUUCUGUAGGACACCUGCGGCCCGCGGUCUCGCCCGACCACCUCCUCCACCGCCUCCGAAGCUCUCCAUCUCUAUCGCCAAAACAUUUCCUCCAAAUCCAAGCCCAGCUCUUCGCCAACCCCACUCUCCGAUCCCACCAUCGCCUGCUCCCCGCGUUCCUCUCCCGCUUCGCCCCCUCUCACGCCCUCUCCCGCACCUCGCUCCUCCUCCGCCAUUUCCCCGGCUGCGACCCCUCGUCCCUAUGGAGCCACCUCGUCCGCUCCUCCGCCCACUCCGACCCCGACGCCCGUUCCGUCCUCCUCCUUUACCGCGCCAUGGCCCGCGAAGGCGUCCUCCCCGACAGGGCCACCUUCGUGCUGCUGCUUCGCUUCUGCGCUGCCAUUCCCGAGGCUUUCGAUGUCGCCCGCGCAGUCCACUGCCAAAGUCUUAUCCUGGGUCUCGCGUCUGACCGGAUUCUGAUGACCGGAUUGCUCAUCUUGUACUCCAAGUGCGGCUGCUUGCGCUCUGCAGAGCAGGUGUUCGCCGGAAUUCCCGAGCGAGACGUGAUCGCCUGCAAUGCGAUGAUCGCGGCGCUGAGCUGCCACGGGCGCGUGGAGGACGCGCGGAGACUCUUCGAGCAGAUGCCAACCCGGAGCUCGGCGUCCUGGAACUCCAUGAUCACUUGCUACUGCAAGCUGAACGACCUCGACUCCGCGCGCGAGAUAUUCGAUCGGAAUCCGAUCAAGGACGUCGUCUCGUGGAAUGCGAUGAUCGAUGGGUACUGCAAGAUGGGGCAACUGGCGAGGGCUCGCGAACUGUUCGACCGGUUGGGGUUGGCGAAGAACUCGGUGACAUGGAACACUAUGAUCUCCGGGUAUUUGCAUCGCAGGGAGUUCGGCACUGCGGUUUCCAUGUUCCGGUCGAUGCAGAUGGAGAAUGUGAGGCCUACCGAGGUAACUAUGGCCAGCCUGCUCUCGGCCUGCGCACACUUGGGUGCUCUCAACAUGGGCAGAUGGAUUCACGCAUACAUCCGAAAUCACCAAUUGAAGAUGGACGUUGUCUUGGGCAACGCACUCAUAGAUAUGUACUUCAAGUGUGGAUCCGUGGAAACUGCUCUCGAAGCCUUCCGUGGGAUGCCUACCAGGAACAUCUUCUGCUGGAAUUCCGUCAUUGCAGGACUGGGGAUGAAUGGUUAUGGUGACCGAGCUGUCGCAGUGUUUCAUGAGAUAGAAAAGAUGGAGAGGAUUAAACCGGAUGGAGUCACAUUUGUUGGGCUCUUGUCAGCGUGCAGUCAUUCAGGGUUAGUGACCCAAGGGAAGAAAUAUUUCUCUCAGAUGCUUGAUCUAUAUGGAGUAGAGCCCAAGAUCGAACACUAUGGCUGCAUGGUGGACCUUCUCGGCCGGGCUGGCUUUCUCGAAGAGGUAUUACAUCUUUUGGAGACGAUGCCUGUUCGGCCUAAUGCCAUUGUCUGGGGAAGUCUGCUUCGUGCAUGUCAUAUUCACAAGGACAGUGAGGUAAGCGAGAAGGUAACCCAACGCCUGAUGGAGUUGGAUCCAAAUGAUGGGGCUAACUAUGUCUUUCUGUCGAACAUAUACGCGUCUUCGAAUCGUUGGGAUGAUGUGGAGAGAUGCAGGAGUAUGAUGUUGAGAAGCGGGGUGCGUAAAGUGCCCGGCUGUAGUUCGAUCGAGGUGAACAACAUGAUUCAUGAGUUCUUGGUUGGUGAUGAGUCGCACCCGCAGUACGAGGAGAUAUAUGCUUUUAUGGUUGGAAUUGAGAAGGAACUGAGGAAACUCGGGUAUCGACCGAGUACAGAUUGUGUGCACCAUGACAUAGAGGACGAGGAGAAGGAGAGUGCAGUGAUGUAUCAUAGCGAGAAGAUUGCAAUUGCUUUUGGGAUUAUGAGCACGAGGGAGAAGGAGCCGAUUCGAGUGGUGAAGAACCUCAGAAUAUGCAGUGACUGCCAUGGAGCAGCCAAGCUGAUAGCUAAGUUGUUUGAUAGGGUGAUUAUAGUCAGGGAUAGGAACCGGUUUCAUCACUUUAAGAAUGGGACGUGUUCCUGCAAUGACUACUGGUGAAGAUAAGUGAUCGCUGUAUUUUAACACGACAGCUUCGAAUGUAGUUGCUGAACAGUUUCUCGUCAAACUUCACUCCGUAGCAAACAAAUGUCACAGUUGUUUUGUUUUUGGUUA